CGAUGUUGCACCAUCUUCAACUCUUCCCGGGAUCCAGGGUUUUUCGAGAAAAGGUCCCAUCCUUCAAUAUCAUGAUUGGGUCGACUCGACCAGGCCAGAUCAUGAGUGAAUAGAAAAUCGAAAACGUACAUAGCUGUUCCAGCUGAAAUACUUGGAAUAAUUCUACCACUUCUACUAGGAGUAGCCUUUUUAGUGCUAGCUGAACGUAAAGUAAUGGCUUUUGUGCAACGUCGAAAGGGUCCUGAUGUAGUGGGAUUGUUCGGAUUGUUACAACCUCUAGCAGAUGGUUCGAAAUUGAUUCUAAAAGAACCUAUUUCACCAAGUAGUGCUAAUUUCUCCCUUUUUAGAAUGGCUCCAGUGGCUACAUUUAUGUUAAGUCUGGUCGCUCGGGCCGUUGUACCUUUUGAUUAUGGUAUGGUAUUGUCAGAUCCGAACAUAGGGCUACUUUAUUUGUUUGCCAUAUCUUCGCUAGGUGUUUAUGGAAUUAUUAUAGCAGGUCGGUCUAGUAAUUAGGGGGCGGCCGUUCGGUCGCCUAUGAUACUAGGACCAAUAGGUCAAAAAUGGGUUUGUGCCGCAGGUGUUGAACGAUCUACUCUACACAGGUGUGGGCUUACAAGGGCUAGGGCUUAUAAACCCUUUCUUUCAUUCAUCAAUAGGGCCCUGGUCGGUCACUUUUCCGGGCCGGGAUCGAUAAGUGGAAGUCAUAAAAAAGAGAUGUUUAUCUUCGCACCUCAGAUCAAGAAGAAGGGUAGCUUGUCAAGCUGGCCUUCUUCUAUAUAUAUAUAUUUAUUAUUAUUUUGAAUAUAUAAGGAUAUAAAUAAAAAGAUUCGCUGUCUUUUAACCGGCUGUUCUUCUUUGUCAACGCUACUAAGGCGACCGGUUAGGGAGCGCCUACUUGACUUAUGAAAGAUAAUGGGGUUAUUCAAAAAGGAAAAGGCGCUACUAUACAAUACAUUAGUAGAAGUAAGCGUUAGCCUAGCCUACCCUACUAAUGUAUUGUAUAGUAGGGUGUAGUAUAAUAGGCGAGCGAGUUAGCGAAGACGCUUAGGCUAAUAGAUAAGAGAGCGUCGGUGCGUAGCCUUCAUUCUACUACGCUACGCAAAGGUUACGAAGUCACUUAGCUCGACGUUAGGAGAGUCAAGAGGGAACGCCAUACCUAUACCUACAUAGAAGAACCGCUGUUCGCUGACUUUCUAAGGUCUAACCUUUCGCUCCCCUACUGAAAAGGGGCAAAGCCGCUUCGCACCACUGAUAGACUACUUAAGAUUCAAUUCAAAAGGCCCUACUUAGUUUCGCAAGCCUUUGUCAUUGUCAGUCAACUAAGUAGGGCCUGAGGCCCCCUGCGAAUCCGUAAAUCUGAAGAGCAUGCCGCAACAAAAGGAUGGUCCCCUAUGCAUUUCAUUCUUUCCGGAAGGGAAAAAAAAAAGAAGUACCCCCCAUCAUGGUGAACCUCUCCUUGUGAUCGGGAUGAGGUAAAUGCCUCCCAGCCGGGGGGCGGAUCGAAUCGGAGUUUCCUUAGGUAGCCACCGACCUACAGUUAUCCUUAAACUUCCGUGCUUGGUGGAGAAGAAGCGAACAAAGGUACGCUCGCUUGCUGUCUUGUUCUCUGCCGCGAACUGGGAUCGCUCGCCAGCUAGGUCAGAUUGGAGCAACAUUUUUUGAGAACAUAUUACCCAUCUUCGGGGACAAGGGGCGGAACGACCUCUCGAUCUACUUACUGCAGCCCAGGAAUAAAAACGUCCGUCUAGGCGUUCCCUCUUGCUCCGAUCCCCCCUACGCCUAGGACGUUGUCUGGGCCAAGAGCCAUAGUUAGUUGCUGUUUUCAUUUGGUUGUUUUUUUCUCGUUGUUGAUACCGGCAAGACCCAGCCAGAUGAUGUCUACUGGUUGGUAGUGAGAGGACUCUUAGUAUCUGCAUACCCAAAAG